UUUUAUUUUUAAGAAAUGUUAUUGUCUUCAAAUAAUGUAAAGUGCUUAUUGUCCUCGGAAUUUGUUAUGACGAAAGUGCUACAGUGCUAGUGAAAUGUUAGCUUGCAUCAUUUUCUCACGCUUUUCUAUUUAGCAGGCCCUGUUUGUCCGAUUAUAUUUUAGGAAUUAAUCCAAAUAUUGCCACGUUUGCGCUCCAUGUGAUGUUUGCCCACUGUCUUCUUCAUCCUCCCCAUCCUCUUCCUCUUCUCGCCUUUCGGGUUCUCCAGGCGCUCUUGCAGGUUUCUACCUGCCUCAAACAGAAUUUCGUAAUAGUUUCGACUCCUACACAGCUGUCUAGUUGUAUUCCUUACAUACCCGAGACUUUUAUCUGCACCACCUCCAUAAUUUAAAGUUUUAAAGUAAAACAAUGGUAUUGACAGACAUUUUGUACAGUGAAGUCCUCCAUUUUGUGUCAUAGUCCGUCCAUCUCAGGGCUAGGAAGGGCCCUUCAGAAUCAGUAGUGGGGUCCAAUUCAUCACAGGUCAUUUUAGUACAUAAUUCCUUCAAUCAGAUUUCAAAUGCAGGGUUCGCAACACAAACGACCCAAAACUGAAUGAAAUUUUAUUUAUUUUUUUCAAAAGUGAAAAGGUCAAAUAAAGUCAUGUGGGCAGAGUUUAUGACACUUUGAUCAUUUUGUGGCGGUUCAUCAUGAAAAUAAAUAAAUAGUAGUGACGUCACAAUCUAAACGCUUGUAAAUCUUACUAAGUAACUCUGUAGCCAUCUCGUAACAUGACCACUCAGCUUCUUACCGAUACUUUCAUCGAAAGUGGGAUAUAGAUGACAUCACGCCGAGCCGGUGCCCCUCUAGGCUAUUAAAUGUGUCUUUUGUGCUGCUUUAAUUUACUCAGCCGUACUUCUGAAUGCGUUUGUAAAUGCUUGGUGUUGUGUCUUUCCUUUUGUGCCUUGCAUUAUCUUUUUGCAUUUUAUUGCAGGGUAGAUACCGUCGGCAAAAACGAAGCUUUUGAGAACCUGACCCCCGCAGUAAAUAGGGGGCGGGACAUGAACGAUAGACAACAUACAAGUGUUUAUUUUAGUAACGGUAGUCCUUGUUGGAUUUGUUUACGCCCCUUGAAUGGAUUAUGAAUUUCCAGGUUGGCCAGAUGUGCGUUCAAGGAGUGUCAGGAGGGAAGUAUUGGAGCUAUUCAUUUCUGACACUUGCUGAUUAAGAAUAAGAAUGGAGAUGAAAUAUCAAGAGUCCCGUUUUAUUCCCCCAAAAAUAUGGCAUUCCAUUGUUAGUAUAAAAUAGCAAACAUUUGUCCCAACAAACUUCCUGUGUACUGUGAAGGCACCCAGGAAGCUUUACUCUAGCAAACAACCUUUCAAUUAUUAACUGUCCAGCGCUCUCAUUCCACCGUCGUAACCAUAGCCCCCGCUGCACUCAAAACAGUCCUAUGGGAAAAAGUCUCAAAGUGGACCAAGCAGCUCGCAUACCAUCGAGACUUGGAGCUGCUGAUCUCAGGGAUGAAUCCAAAUGGGAUCGGCUGAGCUUGGAAUAUCUUCUUCCAAAACAUUUUUCCGUUUUGUGUGGUCUUCCUGCGGAUUUGCUGCCCCUAAGACAAUAAGGUUGUCAUUGAAUUUCCACUUGGGUGGGCGUCUUGGUCAUGAAUGCGACCCAGCGGAUCAAACUAAUGAAGCACUUUGGUUCGGUGCCGCCCGAGCCCUCGCCACCUCUGCUGGUGGUGCCUGUAAGUUGGUACUGUUGGUACAUGUUUUUUUUUGUGGGCCACAGAACAAAAUUUGCAUGCAGGGAAAAAAACGUGACUAGAUCCAUCUAUCUGUAUCUAUCCAUCAUCAAUAAAUUGAUGAGUUGGAUGACAGUGGGACUCAGCUGUGUGUUUUGUUUUGGUGUCAGAGCGACUUAAAAUUUAACUAUAUUGUCUUUAGUUUGACCCGGUGCUCAUUCCAGGGGUAGUUCAGUGUUUAAUGGAGUGUAUGAGAGAGUCAGCGCAUGAGUGGUCAAAGUACGAGUGGGGGAGGAGUGCUUGGUUCUCCAGGUGAGUCCUACCACCUCCUUCCCCAUGCCAGCGCCUGUCACUUCUUUCGCUCGCCACAGUGAAGGAUCAGGUUUCAGAAGCUGCACGAAUGGCGUGCGUGUUGUGUUUGUGUGUGGAAUAUGAUCAGCCCCUCGCGUCUUAGUGCUGUUGGUGUUUUUGGGCUCGGAGAUCCCAGUGGGAAAUGGAAGUGAGGUUCAAAGACCAAGCGAAACCAGGCAUGGAGGAGCUCACGAUAUGGGAGCAGCAUACAAUAACACUAACCAAAGAUUCCAAAUUGGGAUUUGGCUUUGCCCUAUCUGGGGGCAGGGAUAGCGGAGAUACGCCGGUGAUCGUGUCUGACGUGCUGCCAAAUGGACCGGCCAUGGGACGCCUGUUCAACAAAGAUCAGAUCGUCAUGGUCAACGGGGCCUCCAUGGAGAACGUCCACUCCAACUUCACUAUUCACACCCUCAAGACGUGCGGCAGAACGGCUAACAUUACGGUGAAACGUGCUCGCAAGAUCCAGAUCCCUGCUACGACCAGGCCUCGGGCCGCCUCCCACUCCAAUUUGUUGGACCAAGACCCCCCGAGGAGAACGCGACGCUUCUCGGACGGCAGCGACAACAGAGACGGCAGUCGGUACCCCAUACGAGCACGCAGCUCCUCGCCUGACCGCAACCACACGCGAGCUGGCAGCUCCUCGCCGGACCGCAACGGCUACGGAGGUACGCUCCCCUUGAUGUCGUCGGGCUACAAGAGGCUACCGCGCAACGACCUCGAUGAGAAGCCCCUAAGAACGACUCUGGUUAAAAAGAAAAUCUCAGAUGAGUACGGCUUGAAACUGGGCAGUCAGAUCUUCAUCAAGCACAUGACUGAAACGGGCUUGGCAGCAAAGGAAGGCACACUGCAGGAGGGAGACCUGAUCCUGAAGAUCAACGGCAUGACCACAGAGAACCUCUCUCUGCUGGAGACCAAGCACCUGGUGGAGAAGAGCCGCGGGAAGCUGACCAUGACGGUGCUCCGCGACCAUCGCAGGUUCCUGGUCAGCAUCCCGGAGGUGGAGGACAGCGCCCCCAACAGCGAGGAUGAGCGACGACGGCGGCGGCGAAACAGUAGCUCUGAGAUGGAGGAUAUUUCCGACUUGGAUGAUCACUCACCUUCUCAUAGAACAUCUCGUCAUCCUACCAGGGAGAAACGGACACACCGGAGCAGAGCUGAACUUCCUUCUUCGGUGCUCAAGUCAAGAGAUUCUUCCCCCGUGCGCUCCACUUUGACUCGUCAACCCGCAAGAGGCUACGCGUCUCACCGAGCCGCGUCUGACUCGGAGUCGGAACGCAGCGCCUCGCCGCCUCCUGCCCGCACGGACAGUCUGACCCACUCCAGCAAAUACAAAAGCCUUCCUGGUUUGUCCAUGCUGCCCAACCCCAGGUCUUCCCACGCCACACCCAACUGGUCGUCAUCCAGGCCCGGCUCAUCAUCCUCGAGGCCGCACAGGCCCGUGUCAGACUCCGACUCCGACCAUAGCGGCUCAUACCACAGAUAUAAUCCCAGAGUUAUUCCUGCUGAUCUGUCCCUCGCCAGCUCGAGAUCUUCCCCCAUCCUGGUGCGCCAGGAGCCCCCAAGGAGGGUCAACUCUCCAUUGAGAGUCCCGCCCCCAGACUCUGAGUCGGAGUCAGAAGGCAGCUCGGCGCCUCCUCGGAGGCAGAGCGCCAACUACAGUCAGGACUCGUACAGCAGCAGCAGAUACAGACCUUUGCCGGAACAUUCCACGAAGCCGGAAACGAGACGACACAGCGCCUCCGGUAUCCCGGUCGGCGGUGCGCCGCACCGAGCUCCGUCCGAGUCGGAUUCUGAGGACAGUUACACGGCGGUCCCUCGCAGGCACUCGACGAACAGCGAGAAGACAAACGGAGCCAAAAAUCGUGCCAGAAUCACUCCUGAGAUCAAGCCCUCUUCGGUCAAUGUGAAUCCGGCGCCUGUUCGCCGAAUCCCAUUGCCUGUCCAACCGCCUCCUGAUGAUUCCUCCGAUUCGGAUGAACUGUCAGGUCUGCGGAGGUCGGGCAGCUCGGACCGCGGGAAUAGCAGACGCAGCAACAAUGCUCCCGGUGUGACUCCCAAUAGUGGCACGAUGAGAUCCGGGAUCUCCGUGAGGAGCAAUCCACCAGUUAGCUCAGCAGCAGUACGAACCUCAGCCCCCACCAAGCCCGAGGAAGAGCCUAUCUACUCCUUACCCCCAGACUCGUACCCGACAUCCCACCCAGGGUACAGCUCCGACAUGCACACGGUGUCGUUCGUCAAGGAAGCCAGCGUGGGGCUCAGGCUGGUGGGCGGAAAUGACGUGGGCAUCUUUGUGGGGGGGGUCCAGCCCAACAGCCCUGCCUACGAGCGGGGGAUGAAAGAGGGUGACCAGAUCUUGAAGGUUAAUAACACAGACUUUGGACAUUUCACUCGAGAGGAGGCAGCAAAUUUCCUGCUUAAUAUCAAGAGAGGAGAGAAGGUGGAAAUCCGCACUCAGAACAAGAUGGACAUCUAUAAGAAAAUCAUCAAGUCCAACUUGGGGGACAACUUUUACAUCCGUACGCACUAUGACCACGAGACCGAUCACCCCAUCGGGCUGAACUUUAUGCGAGGGGAGGUGUUCCGGGUGGUGGACACCAUGCAUCGCGGCAAGCUGGGCAACUGGCUAGCCAUCCGCAUGGGCAACGAUCUCCACGAACUCGAUAAAGGUACCAUCCCCAACCAAACCAGAGCGCAAGUGCUGGCCAGCCAGGAGCAGGCGCAGAGGGCGAGCGGCGAGAAGCCGGUGUCGGGGCCCAGGGCUGAAUUCUGGAAACUACGGGGCCUCAGAGGGAACAAAAAGAACGAGAAGAGCCCACGACGCUCGCGGGAUGACCUCCUACAGCUCACCAUUCAGGGCAAAUUCCCGGCUUACGAGAGGGUCCUGCUCAGAGAAGCAAAUUUCAAACGCCCCAUCGUCAUUAUGGGUCCUCUUAACGAUAUCGCGAUGGAGAAGCUGGCCAGGGAGUUGCCUGAUGAAUAUGAAGUGGCUGAGAUGGUUCCUCGCAGCGGGGGCAAUGACAGCACCUCAACGGUUAUCAAACUGGACACCGUGAGGAAGAUAGCUGAGAAGGACAAGCACCCCCUGCUGGACAUCACGCCCACAGCUGUGGAGAGGCUCAACUACAUCCAGUACCACCCCAUGGUGAUCUACUUGGACCCGCACAGCCGCAAGGAUGUUAAGGCCAUGAGGCAGCAUUACAGUCCUGACUCCAACAAGAGCUCCAGGCGCCUCUACACGCAGGCGCUCAAGCUCAGGAAGGACUACAGUCAUCUUUUCUCAGCGCGUGUUGACCUGCAGCCCGGCUCCAGUAUUUGGUACCAGGUUCUUAAGGACAAGAUUCGCCACCAACAGUCUAAACCAGUCUGGGUUUCGGAAGUCACGUUGGAGAGCGGUGGGGAACAGGACCUUGAUGCACUGGAUCCGAUACAGUCAGACUACCUCAGCGCCGCCAGUGACCUGGAGGACACAGACGGUGAGCCCUACACGGACGGCGAGGCCUACACGGACAACGAGGAGCCGGAGGAAGCCUACCCGGGUCAGAACGCGGCAAGGAACCCCAGAGUGUCCGGGACCGCCUUGGCUCGCUCGUCCGAGCCCACCUGGGGCAGGCCAGACGAGGAGAUUGACCCUGAGGUUUAUGACGAGGUGUACUCGCCGGGUAGAAAAAUCCCGCCUCUGAUGGACGUGCCGGAACUCUCCACGCUCCGCCGCCAGAGCCGCAGCCCGCCUCUGCAUCAUCCGGACGACAUUACUUCACACCGUAGUUUUUCGGACUCUGACUUCAACCACCUCGACGCGGUCGGACCCACUACUCCGUCGGACGGACCCCCGGAUUUUAUCGCCCCCGACCCGCCCACGCGCUACUCUGUCAGCGAUCAAUCGUAUGGGGACGAGCCAGAGAGCCCUCAGCAAGCCAGCCUGGCUGAUAUUGAGAAGAAAAUACAGCAGGCCCGACAGGCAGAGCCACAGACACAAGCGGACGAAAAGAAGGCCCUUCAGUUCAUCGUAGUGGCACAUCACCAAGCGGUACAAGUCAGACGCACGCAGAUCCGAGGAGGUAUCAACAGCUCUGAUGAAGAUGACGACGAUGAGAUGGAGGACAUUGAAUGGGGUCCAGCGACAGAACUGUAGACAAGCCGUGUGUCCGACAUUCCGGUCUUAACGAACAAAGACACUCCAAGACACUUUUUGUUAGUUAUCCCCAAUCGAACAAAUUUUACCAUACAUACUUGAUUCACUUUAAAAGUGCCAUGUAACGCAUUUAAAAUAAAACAUUGGUCUUAACUGAAUGUUGUAUGAAAGAAUAAAGGCUUUUUCUAUGGACCAGGAGCUACACACAUAUAAAACCUCAAGGAACUGUUAUGGCCAAAAAGAACAAGAAAAAGGAAAUCUUUUCACUGUAAAUGCCCCCAAUAUAUACUAAUCAUUUGUUUAAUGGUAGUUAUCAUAAAUUGGGCAUAUAUAUAUGUAUCUAAUGUUGUGGCCAAGAAGGAUAUAACUAGUUUAUCACCAUAAGACUGAACUUUCCAGUGACACACACUGUAUGUGCUCAUAAUACUCUUUGACAUAGAGGGGGUUUGUUAUUCCACAUUUUACCUUGUAUUUUUAUUCUUGUAUGUUUUUUUAUUUUGGAAUAAAUGUUUUUCAAAUUUU